AUGGAGUUGGGAGCUCGUGUGGGUCGCGACCAGGUACUCAUUUUACUGAAAGCCACGCUUGUUUUCGGUAUUAAUUUGCAGUAUUUAGUUCCAAGCCAAUUGGCUACCGUAUAUCAAGUGCGCAUAGGACCCAGACCGACGGAUAAGCUGUUGUCUACCGUGGCUUUCAGUGAUACACCAAUCGGUCAAAUCGUAUCGACCCUGCAGCAGAGUUUGGAAGGGUGUCCGUACCUGAAGCCUGUUAAUAUUCUCUACAGCCCAUUUUAUAAAGGCUAUUACUAUACACUGGAAGAGAGUGAGAUCGCCGCACUUCAAUUACAGGGAUGGCAAAACCAAGGCAUUCUUGGAUACGCAGUUCCAUCCGCUGGUCUCUGUGAAGCGACGACAGUCAUCUACACAUUUUUCAAAAACAACCAAGGAUACGUGCAAGUCACCAACGCGUCUAGCGACGCGUUUCUUUAUGAUAGAUUCUUCAUAUUCAGCGGCCGUCUAUGGGCUAUGUGGUGA